GAACCGAGAUAGUGUACUCGUACUUCGAAUCCCGCGGAGGGCAGUUCGACUACACCGUGUUCUUCGGUCUGCAGUACUUCGUGAAGAGGUACCUCGUCGGCCCCGUUGUCACCCAGGCGAAGAUCGAGCAGGCGGCGGCGUUCGCCGAGAAGCACUUCGCGAACCCAGGCUGCACUUACAACAAGACGGUCUUCAACCGAGCAGGCUGGGAGUACAUUCUCAAGCGCCACAAGGGCUGCCUCCCAAUCAGGAUCAAGGCCGUGCCGGAGGGCACCUGCGUUGGGACGAAGAACGUCCUCUUCACGAUGGAGAACACCGACCCGCAGUGCUUCUGGCUGACGAACUACCUCGAGACGCUCCUGGUGCAGGUGUGGUACCCCAUGACAGUCUGCACGCAAAGCCGUGAGAUGACGAAGAUUGCCAAGAAGUACUUGACAGAAACAGGCUGCGAUGAGAGCUUGGUGGGGCUGCUGACUUCGCUCUCGGUCAUCGACUUUGGCUGCCGCGGGGUCUCCUCCAUGGAGAGCGCCGGCCUUGGUGGUGCCGCCCAUCUG